AUGGCUCUCCACUCAUCUUCUACCAACGAAUUAUGCAACAAGGAUCCCUUUGGCUGGCACCCACAUUAUAGCCACAUACAUUUACAACCAUUCUAUAGGUAUGAUCUCGUGGUGAUUGGGGGAGGUCCAGGUGGUUAUACCACCGCCAUCAAGGCGGCCCAAUUAGGGCUCAGGGUAGCUUGUGUUGAAAAGCGUAAAACGCUAGGAGGAACUUGUCUAAACUGUGGAUGCAUUCCAUCAAAGGCCCUUUUAAAUACUUCACACAACUUUGAGAAACUAAAAAAGGGAAUUCCCGGAAUUGUGGCUUCUUCAGUUUCAGUCGAUGUGAAGAAGAUGAUGGAUGACAAGGAUUCGAUACUGAGGACGCUAAAUAUGGGCAUUCAAGGCUUAUUUAGAAAGAACAAGGUAGACUUUAUCCAAGGUCACGGGAAAAUUGUGGAUGCGAACAAAGUCGCGGUCGAGGACAAAAUUGUAGAAACUGAAAAUAUCAUCAUUGCAACCGGUUCCGAGGUCACUCCAUUUCCACACGAGUCCCUCAAGGUCGAUGGAAAGUUUGUCUUGUCCUCUACAGAGGCCCUUUGCCUAGAUAAGGUUCCCAAGGAGAUGGUUGUCAUUGGAGGCGGUGCUAUUGGUCUAGAGCUUGCGAGUGUCUGGAGCCGCUUGGGUGCCAAAGUUGACAUUUUGGAAUUCGCACCAGAUGUUUGCUCUGUCAUGGAUGUGGAUGUCUCAAAGAACAUCAAGAGGAUUUUGGAAAAGCAGGGACUAAAGAUCCACGUCAACACCAAGGUCUUAAAGGGAGAGAUCAAGGGGGACAAGAUCACCAUACAUGCAGAAUCUGCCGGUAAACCAGUGUCAUUCACCGCAGAAAAGGUUCUCAUCGCCAUGGGAAGGCGUCCAUAUACUGAGGGACUCGGACUUGAGGCCCUAAAUGUUGAAACCAAACAGGGUAGAAUCCCAGUAGAUGACCAGUUUAGGGUAUCAGACAAGAGUGGCGCACCGGUUUCCAGUGUUAGAGCCAUUGGUGAUGUCAUAACUGGGCCAAUGUUGGCACACAAGGCUGAGGAAGAUGGAAUGGCUGCAUUGGGGUACAUUGUGAACCAGGAUUUAGUGCAUGUAGACCAUAACUUGAUCCCAUCCGUAAUCUACACCCAUCCAGAAAUCGCUGGUGUUGGUGCAACUGAGCAAAGCCUUGUCAAGGAAGGAAAGGAAUUCAAGAAAGGUGUCUUCUCUUACAUGGGAAACUCCAGGGCAAAGAUUUAUGGCGAAUCUGAUGGUUUUGUCAAGAUUCUUGCAGAUAAGGAAAAUAAAAUUUUGGGGGCAUGGAUCGUAGGUCCAGAUGCAAGCGAACUUAUUGCCCAGCUCACCAUUGCAGUAACAUACGGAGCUUCCACAGUUGACGUUACAAGAACAUGUUUCGCACAUCCUUCACUAUCUGAAGCUGUCAAGGAAGCUUGUCUUGCGGUACACAGUAAGCCCAUCCACAUGUAA